ACGCGUGCGCAGCCGGCUCCGGGCAGCGAGGACGAGCCAUGGGGUGUUUAACAAGUCCGGGGCAAGAGUGUCUCUGCACGAUGCUCACAUCAACGUUGUCUGCGCCCAGCCUGCCCCGCCGUCCCUCCCUCCGCUGGAUGCCCGGCGUUACCAUGUUAGCGUUGAUCGCGUGCCUGGUCGCCUGCGCUGCUGCGGGCGAGGAUGCCGUCCCGGGGAGCGCGGUGGCGGGGGAGCAGGAGCUGGACGAGCCGGGCAGGGUGGCCUGGGAAGAGCUGGAGAAGAGCGGCGUCGCCGACAGGCACCAGGAGUCCUACAGCACGUUCGCGGCGGAAUUGUUAGAGCCGCGCUACUGGGGGGAUGAAGGUUAUGCUUUCCCAUCCCCUCCUCCUGUGGAUCCUUUUGCAAAAAUACGUAUAGAUGAUUGUGGAAAGACUAAAGGCUGCUUUAGGUAUGGAAAACCUGGCUGUGAUGCAGACACGUGUGAUUAUUUCCUCAGUUACCGCAGAAUAGGUGCUGAUGUUGAAUUUGAGCUAAGUGCUGACACUGAUGGCUGGGUUGCAGUUGGAUUUUCAUCUGACAAACUAAUGGGAGGUGAUGAUGUAAUGGCCUGUGUGCAUGAUGACAAUGGCAGAGUUCGAAUCCAGCACUUUUAUAAUGUUGGUCAGUGGGCAAAAGAAAUAAAAAGAAACCCAGCCAGGGAUGAAGAAGGUAUUUUUGAGGACAAUCGAGUGACUUGUCGAUUUAAACGACCAGUGUAUGUUCCCAGAGAUGAAACUAUUAUUGACCUUCACUUGAGCUGGUAUUAUUUAUUUGCAUGGGGUCCUGCCAUACAAGGUUCAAUUACUCGACAUGACAUUGACUCUCCACCAGUAUCUGAAGAUGUUGUCAGCAUCUACAAGUAUGAAGAUGUGUUCAUGCCUUCUGCAGCUUUUCAAACCUUCUCUUCACCCUUCUGCCUGCUUUUAAUUGUUGCUCUGACUUUCUACAUAUUAAUGGGGACUCCUUAAUGAAAUCGUCGCAGAAAAAUAUUGAUAUAAAAAUACAUUUGAUCAUGAAAUUAAUGCAAUUUGUUUUCAGAAUAGAUUUAGCAUUGGAGCCUCGUGAAUGUAUGAUAUGACAAUAUAUUGGAAUAAUAAUCAGGAAUUGGUCAAAUAAAAGCUAUUUGUGAAAAGUAGGAAUUAUAGUUUCAAAUCCAUGGUUCACUGGUUGAUCGGUGCGGCUUAGGGAGUCCCUAUUUGGACAGAAUAUGAGGGCACCCUUGCCUAUCACUGUCAUCAUGUGCUGCAUGUGCCAAGGAAUGCAUACCUGAAAGACUGACUGUUACUGUGAACGUGAUUUCCUAGCUAUCAUGCUAAGUAAUUGCUAAUUUAAUUGUUGUAUUUAUACUUUGUAGGAUAUUUUUGUUUUACAAGGUUUGUUGAAAACUUAUUGUACCAGAUGUUGUCAUUUUAAUCACUGAGUUGUGCCCAAAAUGUAAGAAUGUUUGUACAAAAUAAGUUUUAUUAAUUUUGUGUAAAUAACUAAAAGUAUUUUAUCACUAUUUAUUUGUAGAGAAUUCAAAUUGCAGUAAACUAUAGUCCAAGCUUUUAGCUUAUGUAAAGGAUAAAAUAGCCGGCAGAACAAUUGUAAAAGAAAAUCCAGAACCAAUUGAAUAUUUCUAUAAUGAAAUAUUUACGUUAAUCUAAUCAUCAAUCGAAUCACAAUCAUAAUGUUAUUGUUUCUCUGGGGAUUUUCCCCAACGGUUCUCAUUAGAAUGAUUCAACUGAUGUCAUUAUAAAAUCUAAGAAUAUUACACUUUUGAGUGAGACAAAAAUCAGUAGCAGUAUUGAAAUGUAAUAAUUCUUGCUGUGGAAUCUAUACCCAGAGUCUAGUGUUUAGGUCCCAGAACAACAAAGGAUGUCAUAUCUUUGUCCAAAAUCACAAAAUUUUAGCCAU